AUGGAGCAGCUUUCCAAGUUCAGCCAUGACUCUUUUCCUAAAACUAUACUUCCAAAACAACUUCACACAAGUCUCUCAACUUCCCUCAAGGUUUUGUUGUUUAUCCUUCUUUGUUUACUUGCGUUUCUUUUUCUCAAUCGAAAACAAGAACCCAUCUUUUUAGUACUCUCGACUGUUGUCGUCUUCUUCUUCUUCUUUAAAACUUACCUCACAUCCUCUUCUCCUGCAAUCUACCUUGUAGAUUACUCGUGUUUUAAGCCACCAAACUACUGGAGGGUACCCUUUUCGGCUUUUCUUGAACAUUCACAAAUCAUCCACUCUCUUGACCAACGAAGUAUUGAUUUCAUGUCUAAAGUCUUGGUGUCUUCAGGCCAAAGUCAACGGACAUACAUUCCUCCAGCUCUACACUACAUCCCACCAAGAUCAACCCAUGAAGAAGCCAUUAAUGAAGCUCAAAUAGUCCUCUUCCCAGUUUUUGAAGACCUUCUAUCCAAAUCCCAUCUUUCCCCUCUCGAUAUAGAUAUUAUCAUAGUCAACUGCAGUGGGUUUUGUCCAUCUCCUUCCCUAUCAUCCAUCAUUGUCAACAGGUACUCCAUGAGAGAAGAUGUGAAGAGCUUCAACAUCAGUGGUAUGGGGUGUAGCGCGAGUGCAUUAGCAGUUGAAAUGGUGCAGAACCUCUUAAAAGUUCACAACAACUCUAACGCUGUAAUCCUUAGUACAGAGAUUUUAUCAAACGGUUGGUAUGCAGGAAAAGACCGGUCAAUGAUGGUCCUCAAUUGCCUCUUCCGAUCAGGCAGUGCAGCCAUUCUAAUCACCAACAAACCAUCCGCCAAAAAGAAUUCCAAAUACAGAUUACUCUACUCUUUAAGGACACAAGGUGCAUUCGAUGACAAAGCUUACAACUCUGCCAUCCGUGAAGAAGACUUCGAAGGCAUCACCGGAGUUACCCUUAGAAAAGAUGUGCUACAUGUGGCCGGAGAAUUACUCAGGUCAAACUUUCACAUUCUGGGUUCUUCUAUUCUUCCAUUAGAAGAAAAAAUACUUUAUGGUUUCUCCAUAAUUACAAAGAAAUUCCUGAACAAAUCAACAGAACUUUACGUACCAAACUUCAGAAAAGUGAUACAGCAUUACUGCUUGCCGGCAUCGGGGAAGGCGGUGAUAAUGGAAAUAGGGGAAAAGUUAAACUUAGAACAGGAGGAAAUUGAGGCAGCGUUGAUGACGUUACAUAGGUUUGGAAACCAGUCAUCUUCUUCGUUGUGGUAUGAGUUGGCUUAUUUGGAAGGGAAAGAGAGAGUGAAGCAAGGUGACAGAGUUUUGCAGCUGGGGAUGGGGACUGGGCCCAAGUGUAACAGUUUGGUAUGGGAGUGUAACAGGCCCAUUAUCAAUGAGGCCCAUAAAGGCCCAUGGGCUGAUAGUAUUCAUAGUUAUCCUGUUUAUAUAUAG